UGGUGGAGAUUCGACCCAGGAUGACUUUGUGCUUAGUACAAUCUUAAUUCACAACUUCAUAGCGUGGGCCAGCAUUCUAAUUGAAACAGUCAAGUGGUUAACACACGCAAUAUUACAGCAGUAAAUUAAACACAGCAUAAGAGGCGCCGCCGGCUCAAAACCCGGAUCAGUUGGCAGUCAGCUUUGAUUCAUUCAAGUGUGAGAUACCGAAGAGACAGAACAAUUCGGACUUCGCAUUUAGCUCAUCUACUCAUAAUAUUUGUACUCUCUGAACAAGAGAAUCGAAGAUUUUGAUGGAGUCUGCAAACUUAACUUUGCCUACUGUAACUUUUGUUACAAAAACAUUUACAAUCGCGAAAGAUCGGAAGAUCCUCAUCAAUCCAGAUAUAAUAAGUCUUUUCGUACCGAUUACAACAGAAUAUUUUAACGACAAAUAAAAUCAGAGAUUCAAUUGCGAAAGGAAUUCAAGCAUAGUACGUGAAGUAAAAUCGUACAAAUCGUGCACAUCGAGAAUUGCGCGCUGCACAAAUUUUGGAAACAAUUGACGAUAAGAUGCCGACUGCUGGAGAUGCGACAACGACUGUGGAAGGCGGCGCGGUGGUAAAAAAAAUUGAAAACUUCGAUGAUAUCCUUCCUCACGUGGGAGGCGCUGGGCGUUAUCAAUGGAUUUUGUUUUUUUUACUUUUGCCGUUUGCCUUUACCUACGCAUUUCUCUACUUCACUCAAUUUUUUCUCACUCUAACGCCGGAAGAAUAUUGGUGCACCGUGCCUGAGUUGGACGGAUGGAAUCUUACCGAUGCGCAAAAGAUCGCCCUUUCCAUACCACCUAGUGACGCCACAGGGUAUGAAUAUGCGGAUGAUAAUUCGCUUUCAUAUUCGAGAUGUGAAAUGUACGAUGUGAACUUCACAGAAUCAUUGAUUAACGGCAGUUACGAUUCUGAUCCAACUUGGCCAAAAACGCCAUGUCGCCACGGGUGGACUUUCAAUCACAGCGCCAUUCCAUACGUUUCAAUUGCUGCAGAGCUCGGGUGGGUGUGCAAAAAAUCUUACUACUCCUCGCUGGCGCAAUCGAUCUUUUACAUCGGUAGUAUAAUCGGUGGUUUUAUCUUCAGUUUCAUUGCUGAUAAUUACGGUCGAUUGCCUGCUUUAGUCGCUUGCAAUACCGUUGGAUUUUUCGCCUCGAUUGUAUCGGGGUUUUCCGACAGUUUCUGGUCGUUUUGUCUCUGCAGAUUCAUCGCUGGAACAGCGUUUGACAACUGCUUCAACAUUAUUUUCAUCAUUUUGAUCGAAUACGUUGGUCCGCAGCAUCGAACUUUCAUGGCAAACAUGUCUUUUGGCAUUUAUUUUUCUGGUUCUGCGAGCCUUCUACCGUGGCUUGCAUAUUACAUCGCUGAUUGGCGAAUCCUUUGCGGAGUCACAGCUGUGCCAAUGAUAUCGGCAUUUUUUGCACCCUGGAUAGUGCCUGAAAGUGCCAGAUGGUACAUAUCAAGUGGAAAUAUUCCAAAAGCGGUCGAGACGCUGGAGAACAUCGCGAAAGUGAACGGGAAAACUGUGGAGAAGGAAAUUUUUGUGGAAUUUGAAGAUAGCUGUAAUGAAAUGAUAAAGAACGAGAAAUUACACAACUACACUGUUUUAGACCUCUUUAAGAAACUGCGCCUCGCUUACAUCACGGUCAUGCUGAACAUAUACUGGCUUAUUAUUCUCAUCGUGUACGAUGGUCACGUAUGGAAUAUGAAGUCGUUGGAUCCGGAUGUUUUCACAUCGUUUUCUUUGGGUGCUCUGACAGAAUUUCCGGCUGCUAUUUUGCUGACACUUUACCUUGACAAAUGGGGUCGCCGAUGGAUGAGUUUUAUUUCCAUGAUGAUCUGUGGGGUUUUCUCUUUUAUCACCUUAGCCAUGCCCCCAGGUGCUGCUACGGUUACAAUGGGAAUUAUUGCACGCUUCGGGGUUAACAUAGCUGGGAAUAUUGGAUUCCAGUAUGCUGCAGAAAUGUUGCCAACGGUGGUAAGGGCGCAGGGUGUAUCCUUGAUUCACACUCUCGGGUACAUUGCUCAUAUUAUCGGACCCUACGUCGUUUAUUUGUCAGACGUAUCUCCAUCUCUACCACUGAUAGUACUUGGAUUACUUUCCGUUACUGUCGCCAUACAGUCUUUAUUCAUGCCUGAAACCUUGGGCCAGGAUUUACCGCAAACUUUGCAGGAUGGAAAUGACUUUGGCAGGGAACAGAGCUUUUGGUGGAUACCAUGCAUAUCCAGCUUUCCCGAGAAGAUGAAGAAAUUCGAAAAGCCGGAGACAAGAAGUGCCUAGUAAAGGAUCAGUUAUGGUGAGAUAGACCGAGAAUAACAUUUCCAAUACUCAUAAAUAAUUGCCAGCUAUAUUAUACACUAAACCAAUGCAACGAUUGUAGAACGAAAUUCAGAUAAAAUUACAACAUGUUUUCAGAUAUUCGUAUGAUCGAACCCAGCGCAAUCAACGGUUUGGUAAACGAUAACAGCUUUCUUGGCCGAGGUUAU